AUGACCCUUCAAGACCGAGGAACCAAGCGCCUCUCAGGCCACUGCGGGCUACCAGAACGGCAUCCUCAACCAGUUCUCCGUCCCAAAGCCGACAAUCGAUCAGGCCCCAAAUUCCCUGGAGACCAAGUUAAGGACGACGGUAAUUUCAGAAACGCUGCAAAGUUCGUCUAUCGGGUGGGGCUACAGCUAGAGGCCGCGGAACUAGAUCCCUACGCCGAUGUCCAUCCGGUCGACGACGGCAUUCGGAGAUGGUUACACACGUAUCCCCUGGUUUGGGACCUGUAUGUGGCAAAGGAUCUCGAUCGCCGCAUAUGGCUUGCGGAUGCCCGUCUCAAGUACCACAAAGCCCGACAGGCCGCCCCCAUCUCUAGGGCUUCAGAUGGCCACCAGCUACCUCAUCAACGCAAGGCGUUGAGGAAGAAACCGCCCAGCCCCCUCCUGUACAGCACAAGGCAGCUGAUACGGAUGCUGAGGAUGCUGAGAGUGGUGGGGUACAAGCUAAUGACGUUUAAGAAGAAGAUGUCAAAGUACAACAAGACCAAGACGACGAAGCCUCAGCGCCGGUGGAGGAUGAGGAGGUCCCGUGAGGCCCUCACGGACUGA